AUGGCCACCCCGAAUGGAAACACGAGUUUUGCACCCAACUUCCAUCCCCUCCCAGACCAUGCCUCCCCCCUCCCCGCCAACUUCAGUUACAGCGACUAUGACCUCCCUCUGGGGGAGGACGAGGACAUGACCAAGACCCCGACCUUCUUCGCAGCCCAGAUCGUCAUCGGUAUGGCCCUGGCUGCCAUCAUGCUGGUCUGUGGCGUUGGCAACUUCAUCUUUAUCGCUGCUCUCGUCCGCUAUAAGAAGCUGCGCAACCUCACCAAUCUGCUCAUCGCUAACCUGGCCGUCUCUGACUUCCUGGUGGCCAUUGUCUGCUGCCCCUUCGAGAUGGACUACUAUGUGGUGCGCCAGCUCUCCUGGGAGCAUGGCCACGCGCUCUGUGCCUCUGUCAACUACCUGCGGACCGUGUCGCUCUACGUCUCCACCAACGCUCUGCUGGCCAUCGCUAUCGACAGGUACCUCGCCAUCGUCCACCCGCUGAAACCCCGGAUGAAUUACCAGACGGCCUCCUUCCUCAUCGCCUCGGUCUGGGCCGUGUCCGUUCUCAUCGCCAUCCCGUCGGCCUACUUCGCAACGGAAACGGCCCUCUUUAUCGUCAAAAGCCGGGAAAAGACCUUCUGCGGCCAGGUCUGGCCGGUGGACCAGCAGCUCUACUACAAGUCCUACUUCCUCUUCAUCUUCGGCGUGGAGUUCGUGGGCCCCGUGGUCGCCAUGACGCUGUGCUACGCCCGCAUCUCGCGGGAACUCUGGUUCAAGGCCGUCCCGGGUUUCCAGACGGAGCAGAUCCGGAAGCGGCUGCGCUGCCGCCGGAAGACGGUGCUGGUGCUCCUGUGCGUCCUGUCCGCCUACGUGCUGUGCUGGGCGCCCUUCUACGGCUUCGCCAUCGUGCGCGACUUCUUCCCCUCGCUGUUCGUCCGGGAGAAGCACUACCUCACGGCCUUCUACGUCGUGGAGUGCAUCGCCAUGAGCAACAGCGUGGUCAACACCGUGUGCUUCGUGGCCGUCAAGGACGGCACCCGGAAGUACUUCAGGAAGGCGAUGCGGCUCCGCUGGCGCCCCUCCCCCCUCGGGAGCAAGUCCAGCGCCGAGCUCGACCUCAGAACCAGCGGCCUGCAGGCCACGGAGGAGGUGGACAGUGUCAGGAUGAAGUGA